GGCCCGGCUCAAGAAAGCCCCCACGGCCUGCUGGCCGAAUGUUCUUGAAAUCAUCAGUCCGAUUCCGAAGUUUCAUAGAGCAGAGCUCGGAGAAACCGACGAGGCGCAAUAUCUCCGGAAGGAACUCCCGGGAGCGGCAAGAUUCUCUCUUUCUUCCGCCAGUAAACCGGACAAUGUCCCUCCUUGCCCACCCAGUUUCAGCCCCAUCAUCUCUGUGGAAGUUGAAGAAGCCCAGUGGGUUUGGGGGAAUUGGGAGAAAAGGGAGCAGCUGCAGUAGAGUCUGCUUUGGCUACAGCAAUGGGGUCAAAGCUUUCUUCUUCAAUCCCAAUGAAGAGCCUAUCCUCAAAGAAGCUCUUAAGGAGCCGGUUGCUUUCAUGGGUGGAAUGUUUGCGGGACUCCUGAGGCUUGAUCUCAACGAGGACCCACUGAAGGAAUGGGUUACACGGACAGUGGAGGCUUCGGGAAUUACUCAGGAGGAACUCGAGGUUGAAGGGUCGAAAGAGGCAGAAGAAGCCCCACAGGAAAUCGUUAUCGAGUGAAGAUGUCUCGAAUUUACUUCUGUAUAAUUUAGCAACUUCUUGCGUAGUAUCUUGACAUUAGCUUAUAGCAAAUUAGCAAUUCCUACUCUGAAUAUAUAUUUUUCAAUUCACAUCAUUAUAGGAGUAAGGUAAAAUAUGUCGAGAUGCUACAUCGAAGUGCCAGUUCGAAAUCUUCGGGUCCACAUCUAUGAAAUGUGGUACUUGAGAAUCUUUAGUUUAGCUGAACUACUUCAUCUCUA